AUGUUUGCGGCAUUUCGACGCCGUGCCGCAUCGGCAUCACGUUCCGAUUCAGAUGUUAAAGAAACGCCUGUUAUGGAAACAAAUGGACGUAAAACAAAUCUUGAAAAUGGUUUCGCUACACCAACAGUUACUACAAAUGGAACUAAUACAUUAAAUAUUAAUGGUAACAAUGGACUGAAACAUCGUACUUUAUCUGGCAUGUCAAUGACAUCAUCAUCCUCAUCAUUUAGUACAUCACCAACACUUAAUAUAACUCGUCAACAAGAAAAACACGAAUUACAAACACUUAAUGAUCGUUUAGCGGUUAUUAUUGAUACAGUUCGACGACUUGAACAAGAUAAUGAAAAAUUAAGAACAAUUGUUAAAACUAAUACACAAUCAUUUGAAAUGGAAACAUCAAAAGUAAAGACUUUAUAUGAAAAUGAAUUAGAGGAUGCAAAAAAAUUAAUUGAAGAAUUAGCCCAUGAAAAAUCACGACUUGAAAUUGAACUUGAAAAGAGCCGUAGUGAAACUGCAGAUGUACAAACGAAAGCUGCUCGUAAUGAUCGUGAUUCACGUGUAUAUGAAUCACGUUUAAAACAAUAUGAAAAUGAAAUAUCUGAAUUAAAAGCACGUUAUGAUUCAAUUACACUUGAUGCAGCACGUCGAAUUGAAGAUAAUGAGACACUUGUCCAUUUCAAUAAUGAUCUUGAAAAACAAGUAUCAGCAUUAAAACGUCAACUUGAAUCUGAAACAUUAUUACGAGUUGACCUUGAAAAUAAAAAUAAGACUCUACGUGAAGAAUUACAAUUUAAUCAACAAGUCUAUGAAACAAAAAUUUAUCAAAUUAAAGAACAACAACGUAUUGAAAUUCGUCAUGAUGAUAGUUUACGACAACAAUAUGAUGCUAGACUUUUACAGGAAUUACAACAAUUAAGAACACAAAAUGAACAAGAAAUGCAAUUAUUAAGAGAUGAAAUUGCAGCACAAUAUGAGAAAAAGAUUGAAGAUUUACAAAAUACUAAUCGUCGUAAUCUUGAUCAAAUAAGUAGUUAUCGUGCUGAUCUUGUUUCCUAUCGUGAACGUAUUGAAGAAGUAACAAAAACUCGUGAUACAUGUAAUGAUAAAAUGUUACAAUUAGAACAACGUUGUCGUGAGUUAGAAGAUCGUGCAUAUCGUGCUCAACAACAACAACAUGAAUCAAUGGCUGAACGUGAUGAUGAAAUACAAAAUCUUAAGCAAAUUAUUGAACAAAUGCAAAAUGAUUAUCAAAAUUUACUUGACACAAAAAUUGGAUUAGAUAGAGAAAUUUCAACAUAUAGAAAAUUACUUGAUUCAGAAGAAGAACGAUUAAAUAUUGGUGGACGAAUAGGUCUUUCACCACCUAUGAAUGGUAAUGCAACACCAACAGGUACUGAUAGUCUAUCAACAUCAACAACAACAACAACAAUAAUAACAACGAAUGGUGCAUCACAACGACAACGUCUUAAACGACCACGUUUUGAAGUUGAUGAAGAUAUAAUUAUUACCAAUGGUAAUGGACAUUAA